AAGGUUAACGUGAGGGCAGUUGAGACGUACUAUUUGCUAUUUCAAGCUGCACAAAACACGUUACUUGUGCUAAAACAAUAUUACACAAGUAAAGCUUGAGACUGUGAAAGAAAACAAAAAAGCAGGGUUAAAAUUAAUGCAGAUUGGUAAAUGCAUCAUUCAGCCAACGCACAGUCGUAGCAAAACAAUGACGUAGAUCAUCGAAGGAGCAGCGGGCGGAAGAACGGAUUCUGUAUUGUGGGUCGUAAUUGGAGUGCUCAUUUUUUCGUUUAGCAAGACUUGUUCGACGCCAUUUUGUGGCAGUUUUGUUUGCUUUGCUAAGCUGCGUUAAGUGUGGGAGUACGGUACUGGAGUACAAAUGCACGAGUAAUACUUAAACAUAUAUAUUAACUACAAAGGCACGUUUUAUAUAUAAUAAGAUAUUUUCUGGAUCGUAUUGGUGUUGGAUUUCAGUGCAAUGAGACAUCCCAGAGAAUAUCCUGGAAUGCAGCCACAUUUUCCUCAAGGAUCUAGUGCAGUGAUUCGAUGCUUAAUGGAACUCUUGGCUGCACCAAGUCGACCUGACAGGGAGAGGCCUUCAUUGCUUCGACGCCGCGUGGCCUAUGAAAGACGCAAUGUUAGAGGAGAGAGGAUGGGUCGUUAUGAUCGUUACAGGGAAGAUGGGCGGGAAGGUCACAGUCGCAGAGACCAUGAUUUCCGAGAUGUAGACUACAGGGAUUAUGUUCGUGAGUAUUCCAGAGGGGAUCGUCAUCAUGAAUACAACCUGUCUGAUUAUGACCAGUCUGAGGAUCAAGACAGCCAAGAUGAGUCUGACAGAUUUGGGAUGUAUGACAGUCCUGAUGAGUCCUCUCCAUUCCCUGGAGAUGGUGACUUCCAUGAUGUGGACUACAAAGGAGAUUUAGGAGAGGGAAAGCCCAGUAAUAUCAUCAUGCUGAGACUUCUGCCUCAGAAUGCAACAGAAAAUGACAUUAGAGUCCUGCUGGAGGAUCAGGGCUACCAUCCUCGGGAAGUUCGUCUUAUGCGCAACAAGUCCUCAGGUCAGAGCCGGGGUUUCGCCUUCGUCGAGUUUAAUCACUUGCAGGACGCUACACGAUGGAUGGAAGCCAAUCAGAGGUCCCUGACUGUCCUUGGGCAUCGAGUGGCUAUGUACUACAGUGAUCCUAAGCCUAAACUGAAUGAAGACUGGAUGUGUACUAAAUGCCGUGUUUACAACUUCAAAAGAAGAGACAAAUGCUUCAAGUGUGGAAUUCCAAGAGCAGAAGCUGAGCAGAAAGCGAGUACUUCGAAAAAGUCCCUGCUGCAGGCUUUGACGGAAGCAGCUGCAGAGGCAUCUCCAGGUCUGUUGCCACUUCCUGAUGAGGUGACAUCUCAGAAGCAGCGAAGCCAACAGCAGGCACAGCCAUCCCAGCAUUCAUCAGAACCUGCAAAUGAUACUCUCAUUUUGCGGAAUCUGAGCCCUCAUACAAGUCUGGAGACCAUCCUUAGUUCCCUGUCACCAUACGCAGUACUUAGUGCAUCUAAUGUGCGACUGAUUAAAGAUAAGCAGACACAACUGAACCGUGGAUUUGCAUUUGUCCAGCUUGCAACCAUAGUGGAAGCAGCACAGCUGUUGCAGAUCCUUCAGUCACUGGACCCUCCACUGAAUAUUGAUGGAAAAACUAUUAAUGUAGAGUUUGCUAAGGGGACAAAAAGGGAUGUGCCGGUACCUGAAGGGAAUCGGAUUAGUGCUGCCAGUGUCGCCAGUACAGCAAUUGCUGCAGCACAGUGGGCAGUUAGUCAGCCAGCCCAUGAUGAAAAUGCCCAGGGACAGUGGGCAGAUUCUGAAGGACAGCACGGUGAAUACAGUUACUACCAGGAAGAGUCCAGUGAGCUUGCCGAGGGAGCACAUUAUGCCCAGGACAACUCUCAAAGCUGUGAGCAGACAGAUGGUGAAUCAUCUUCAGAACAUGGUGCUGUGGGAAGUGAUGCUGCCCAACAAACUCAAGAUGGGCAGAGUCAGCAGAUUGCAGGAAAAAAGAAGUCAAAGGGUAAUGCUGAUGGUGCUGUAGUAACUCAGAAAGUGGUAAUUGUUGGACAACCUCAGCCAGCUUCUGCACCAAAGACGUCAGCAGCUACUAGUACUGUCAAGACUGUGACCAUCACAACAGCGACAGGGCAAUAUGAAUUUCCUCAGUACCCUGCACCUGAUGUAUCUACUUUCCAGUAUGAUGAAACAUCUGGAUACUAUUAUGAUCCACAGACUGGUCUGUACUAUGACCCCAACUCUCAGUAUUUCUACAAUGCCCUUGCCCAGCAGUACCUUUAUUGGGAUGGUGAGAAGAGUACAUAUAUCCCUGCCCCUACACAGAACACUGAACAGCAUAAAGAUGGUUCAUCCAGCUCUAAGGAGGGCAAAGAAAAAAAAGAAAAGGAUAAACCGAAAACAAAAACAGCACAGCAGAUUGCAAAAGAUAUGGAGCGCUGGGCUAGAAGCUUGAACAGACAAAAAGAAAAUUUUAAGAAUAGCUUUCAGCCACUUAGUUCCCUGCGAGAGGAUGAGAAAAGAGAAUCUGCUACUGCUGACGCUGGAUAUGCGAUAUUGGAAAAAAAGGGCACAUUGGCUGAACGACAGCAUGUUGUGAUGGAGCAUAUAAAACUUGGCACCGAAGAGUUAAUGCAUUCCAGCCCACCAUUAGGCUUAGUUGCAGCCUAUAGUGGAGAGAGUGACAGCGACGAUGAGGUGGAGAGAAGUGUGUUUCAGGAAGAGAAGAUGACAGACUGGCUGAAACUGGCCUGUUUAUUAUGUAGGAGGGCAUUCCCCAGCAAGGAAGCACUAGUCAGACACCAGCAGCUCUCUGAGUUGCACAAACAAAACCUGGAGAUCCAGAAAAGGUCAAAGAUGUCUGAGAAGGAGCUUGAAGCACUGGAAAGAGAUGAAGUAGAGCUUAAGUACAGAGAUAGAGCUGCAGAAAGACGUGAGAAAUACGGUAUUCCAGAUCCUCCAGAGCCAAAGAAGAGAAAAACUUUAGCGGCAACAGUGGACUUUGAGCAACCAACCAAAGAUGGGCUUGGCACUGAUAACCUUGGGAGUCGGAUGCUGCAGGCUAUGGGAUGGAAGGCAGGGAGUGGCCUUGGACGAAAGCAGCAAGGAAUCACAAGUCCCAUUGAGGCCUCCGCACGGGCACAGGGUUCUGGUCUUGGUGCCCGUGGCAGUUCAUAUGGUGCCACCGCUUCAGACAGUUACAAGGAUUCCGUGAGGAAAACCACACUUGCCAGAUACAAUGAUGCAGAUUAAUUUCCAUCUCAUAAAUCAUCUGGACUCGUACAAGCUUCUUUUUUUUUUUUUAAGAAAGGGGUUACAGUAUAAAAAAAGCAAAGCUCAGGCUUGUGUCUUGCAUCUUCCUUUUGUGCCACCUGAUUUAUCAGAAGAUAUGUUGCAUUGGAAAUGGGAUAGUUUAGUUUUGCUUCUGCAGAUGAACAUCACAUACUAGUUGCAUAGUUGUAACUCAUAAUGGCAACUUUAAAGCAGAUUGGUAUUCUCUCUUUAGUAUUCAUCUUUUCAAAAAACAAUCUGUAGACCUCAUUUGCACAUUGUGCACCUUUACCCAUGUACUGACAAGUUGUUUUUGCUAGAUUUAUCCCAGAUACAACCUUGUUUCCAUUCUGGAUAUUGACUUUUUUUCCGGCACGUAUUGCAGGCUGGUUUUCUUGGGAACACCUACUUUUUUUUGCAUUUAUGUUUAGCAUAACAUUUUCUGGAUCUCUGCAUUACACCAAAGUGGAGUGUGUUUUUUUUUUUUUUUUUUCAGUUUUGUCCAAAAACUAUUAAGAUGCAAGCUAAGCUUGAUGAACUGUCAUAGUAUGCUGCUGCUGUCAUCCUAGCAUAAUUGAGUCGAGAGUAUUGUGGUUUCUAAACAGAUGAGUUUGUAAUCUGUAAAUGAAUCCCUGAUGUUGGCAUGUACAUUUUGUAAUAACUUGUAAUGUUAUAGUUAAAAUAGAGCCAGAAGCCCAAUUGAUUGUGUUUAUUACAGUCUGUUUAGCCUAAAAUUGAAGAAAUGAGAGCUAGUGCAGAAAUGUGGGUCUUCAGAAAGGAAUUUACUUUUCUAACUGGGGUGACAGAGUAGUUUGCAUACCCUUUUAACUGUCAGCUAGUGAAUUCUAGAUAACUCAUUGAUGGUUUAGCAGGCACUUCACCAUCAUAUGACUCUGAUGUGAUAGACUGCUAUUUGUACCCACCAAGUAUUCUGUGGUAAUACUGCAUAGAUAAGUGGGUCCAAUAAAGGCUUUUUUUUUUUUUUUUUUUUUUUGUGAUGCCUAUCUUUGUUAGCUAGCUGUGAAAAGGGGAGAAAGGUCUUUAGGAUGCAGAACUUUACUUUUCUUUCUCAGCAUCAGUUUUUUUUAUUUUCUUUAUUUGUAUAUUCUUUUAAUUGCAAACUCUAGUGUUGUCUGCAUAGGGUUUACUUUUUGUUUGUCCAGUUUUAUGAAUUAAUUUGCAUUAUCUGUACGUACAAUGACAGAUGUACUGUUUUACACCCAAUUGGUAAGGAGUGUACAUUUCUUUCCAUUCUUUUUUUUUAUCCACUGAGACCAGUUUUUUAUUUUCCUGACACCAGAUGCUUAGCUUCUAGCAUUUUCAUAGAAACAAGAAGGUGCUGCAGUAGUAUAGAGCCACUGAGAGUAUCAUUUAAUAACAGAAAUGCAAAAAGGCAAAGUGGCAAGCUCUGUUUUUCCACUUAUGAAACACACAAUACAUCUCUGUUGCCAUUUGAUAUAAGUUCUGCUCAGAGGGCCUGCAGUCUUCGUGUUUCAUUGACUAAUAUCUCUAGAUACGUAUCCCUGGACAAAUCCAAAGAGCAUCAUUACAUUUAUUAAAAAAAGUAAAUUGCCUACAGAUCACCCACUGCAAAAAUAACUUUUAAAUAGUGUGAUAUGUAAACGGUUGAAGUGCUCCUGUUCUCCUGUAGUAGCUGAUCUUCACCUUAAAGAUCCCAUAUGCGUGCCACGUUCAAGUAAAGACAGUAGUAUAGCCAUGAUAGGGCCAGCCUUUGGGAGGAAAAGCAUUUUCAAAAGUAGCACCAUCAGUUGAAUUUACUGGCAAAUGAUCUCAGCAGUAUUUAGUGUCACUAAAUUAAAAAUUAUUAAAGCAUCUAGCUGCUGAAUUCAAAUGUCCCAGUUUUGAUGCAAGCUAACUAGGCGUGCCCACAGAUGAAUGUAGAAAUAUUAGGAGAUUAGUACUUCAUUAACCUGCAAACACAAACUUUCCAUAGUGCAUUUUGUGAAUAGCUUACAACAUGGCAUAUCCACUGUCAUUACUGCUGCUUUGUACUUUACAUUCUAACCAGAGUGUAUUCUACAGCCAGCAGUAUUUUGUUUUGCUCUUGCAUACUUUUAAAACAUUGUCAUUGCCUAAUCAGUGCAGUCACAAGUUGUAAUGUUGUGUCUGAAUGCCACAAAACUGUAGUUACCUCCUUGGUCCAGGUCAUGGCCAAAAGUCUGUAGACCAGUCCACCAUCCUGGUUAACAAAAUAUAAAUAAGUACAGUAGCAGACCAGUAACAACGAAAAUUGUCAAAAGACACAAACGAAUAAACUAAAAGCCCAAGAAAAUAAAAAACUUCCGGACCACGUAGUGAAGGCUGUAGAAUACAAACUUUAAUAAAAUUAAACCAAAUGACUAAGCGGUUUCGCUAAUAUCAUUUAGCAUCCUCAGAGUAAAAAAUGUACCAGACCAGUUUGAAGGACAUAAGUGUUAGAACAACCAUUUUGUCUAUUUUUUUCAGAAUUUGCAGUAUUCUCAUUUAAUCACCCACCACUUUUUCUGAUCUUCAUGUCAUUUUGAUGUAGCAUUAUACUUUUGAACAGUCAUAAUCUUGACUGUGAACAGUUUUAUUAAAACAUAAUCAGUACAAGUUAGAUACGGUUUUUAGUUGCAGCUGCCAAAAUUGGUGCAUCAUUAUGCUUGUUUUGAACUUGUUUUUAAUGCUUUUCUCUGAAAAGAAGUGGUUACUUCCAUUCAGUUAGUUGUCAUAAUUCCUUUGCUUAUUCAUUUAUAUAAACUUUGCCAUUUGAGUCACAUCCUUCAGUUUACCUUUCCUACUACAGUUUUGUACCAAGUUCUUAGCAAUUUUUUAUCAUGUGGUUAACCCCAUAUGUAUUUAUCUAAAUGGAUAAACAGAUUCUCCAAGCUUUAUUUUAAGACCGUUGUGCACUAAGCAGUAGCAUUUUAAUAAGUUGUAGUGUCUAGACUUGGUUUGCAUGUCACUGUUUUGGUUUUGGAUACCUAACUUGCAGAGGUAUCUCAGGAGAAGUUGAAUCAUUUUUUUUUCCUUUCAGCUUAACCAGGUUUGAAUGCCUAGGCAGUUAGUGAUAGUUCAGCAUAAACAUGUCUUGGUUAAGUGUUUUCCAAGGUGUUUUUCUUUUGCUGUAGCCUUUGUUGCACCUUCCUGGUGAUUUCAUGACAUGGUAAGCACCUUAUUCUGUCUGUAGUGUAAUGAAGCAGUCAGGAUGUCUUGAUUCGGAAUAUGGCAGCAUAUUAAUGGAAAUGUGUAGAUUGUAAAAUUCACUUUCUAAGAUCUUUAUAGCAUGUUUUACUUUACUAAUACAAACUAUUGAAUUUGAAUUGCUAGGAGCUAGAGACUCUGAAAUUAAGAUCCAAAAGUUAAGUUUGCCUUUUUUGUGUGUGCUUGUGUGUGUAUAUGAGAGAGAGAGAGAGAGAGAGAAAGCAAGUAUUUUUGAUAUGAUGAUCUAGUGCUAUUUGUGUUCAGGUCAUUUGUAAACUUGAUUUUUGUGCUUCACUGCUGGGUAAGUAACUUCUUGUUGUACAUUGGAAGCUGUAUUAGGCUAUUGACUGUGACUCCUGUCUCUCAACAUUAUGUAACACUGGCAUGUCAAAUUCUAUAGCACACUGUCUUAUUUAAACCUAGUUAAGGAUAUAGAUUUGGGUGGGGACCCCUGUCUCUCAACAUUAUGUAACUCUGGCAUGUAAAUUCUGUAGCACACUGUCUUAUUUAAACCUAGUUAAGGAUAUAGAUUUGGGUAGGGACCCCUGUCUCUCAACAUUAUGUAACACUGGCAUGUCAAAAUCUGUAGUAGUCUGUCUUAUUUAAACUUAGUUAAGGAUAUAGAUUUGAGUGGGGACUUUACAGUCCUAAAAAACAAGUUUUCUUUGCAUUGCUAGGUUAGGUACUAAACCACCAAGCUUCUGGCAAAGUGUAUCAUUCCUUUACAUGGCAAGACCGCCAUGUUCUCUCUGCUUGUACUUUGUUUCCUUUUCCUUCAGCACAUACUGCAUAUUUGUUGACGUCUGUACAGAGCCAAAAAUAUUUUAGGGGCAGUGUUUAAAUGUUAUAAUUUAGUUAAAAAGCUAAUAGAACAACACAUUUUGCACCAGUAUACAUUUUUUUGGACAAAAUUGUAGAACUCUUUUUAACAGAUUAUAAUCAUCAAGUAUUUACCAGAGAAUUGGACAGAGCAAAAAUAAAAGGUGAAAUUAAGGACAUUGAAGAAGUGUGGUGCAGAACAUUUUGGAUCAUACUGCAGGCUACCAGAACCAGUAGAUAUUUUUGGGUUUGUGUGUUGACACUGACCGUAACCAAAUACAAAAUGUAUGCUUGACCCAUUUACAGUUUUGUGUGGCUUCUCACAUAUGGUUCUUAGAGAUUACCCGUUGCCAUAUUUGUAAAUUGUAUUCAAGCUAAUGCCUUCUCUCUUAGUAGAAAGUGUCAAGAUUUCUUUUGUCCUUUGCCUGUAGUUGUGGGAUAUAUGUUUUUUUUCAAAAUCCCAACUGUAUUUUAUGGUGGAUAAGUAAUCCUCCAUGUAGUUUUUCUCAGGUAAAGAGCCUUGCGUAUUUAGUCAUAGCAGAUUUGAACAUUUUCAUAUUGCGUAGACGAUAUGGUAAUAACAAAUAUGGGGGGGGGGUGUUUUUGCUUUGUACAUGUUGACAGACAGUGGGGUGCUUUUUGGAGUGAUUUUGUAUUUUUUUUUUUUUUUUUUUUUUUUUUUUUGUCUGUCUGGUCUAGAUCCCAGGUGUUGUCCAUGUCCUGUUGUUUACAUUUUGCAUAGGGAACCUGUCCUCGUGGUGAACCAUGCAGUACUUGAGGUGUUUUUUUAUAACAGAGAUUUUGUUUAAUUACAUCUCUUUGGGCGUGCCAAUUGUAAUGUGCUCUGGAGUAGAGCAAUUGCAUAUUUUAAAUAAGUAAAUAUGACUGCCUUACAUACAAACCCUACUUUCUCUUGCAUUAAUUUAUUAAUUUUACUUUAUUCAGGAACAUUAAAAAGCAUAUAAAUUGCCAGAUCUUCAGGGUCAGAUAUAAGCAUGUUGACUCCGUAAGUGCAUGGAAUGUGAAGUUAUUUCAUCAUCUGCUGUGUCCUUAUAGAUUUUCUGGAGGGGUAGGUAGUCCUUCAGCAUCAGAAUUUGCUUUGCUGUAGUUGCUCUUUGUCUCGAGCUAGUUUCACUGUCACUCACUACAGUGGCGAAAAAAGCAAAACUAAUCCUUUGUUUCAUCUGCUUUGAAAGCAUUUUAGUCAAUGUCUGAAUCUUGUGUUGUAUCACAAACAGGGUGUAUUGACAGUGGAUAAAUAAUGAAAGCUUUUAAUGUUUUUAUAAAUUUUGACCUGGUGUGCUGCAUUACAGAGUUUUAGAUAUGUUGCAUUCUUUUGUUUUUAUGUAGUGCUCUGGUCUUAAUAUGACAGAAUAGUAGAGCUGAAUUGUUGCUGAAAUCCGUAAAAUUUCUCAGGAAUGUUUGACUUUUCAUUACACUUUUUAGUCCAUUUAAAAUAACUUUUUUUGGAAAGAUUGUGCUGUUUUUUUCUACUCCCACUUGAAUGGAGAUUGUGUCAGGAAGUGAUGUUUACUGGGUCAAAGUACUGUAAUUGUUUUUUUCUGCCAAGAGUCUUAAGUAUACCAUUUUCAUCACUCUCCAACGGAGGUGAUAGUGGAAAUUAAUUUUGUGAGUCAGAUUAAAGACUGUACUGUUUUCUAUUGUUUAAAUGUAAUGCCUGCUUGCAGGUUGUUAGGGUUUGAGAGUAAUGCACUCCUUUACUGUAGAGAAGGCUUUUUAUUAGCUUACUUUUGCUGCGAAUAUCAGUGUCAUCCUUUUCAGCACCACUUGUUCUACUUAAGAAUUUGGAAGCUUUAAGAGAAACCAUUUGUAUUGUACACAGGUUUUAUUUCCCAGGAUGUUAGUUUUACACAGAUUUAAUUUGCACAGGGGUUGUAUUUUCUGUGUACAAGAGCCAUAGCCGGUUCAGCUAGUGCCUGGUGCUACUCCAAGAAUUAGCCCACGUCUCUGUAUUGAAGAGCAAAAAAUCUGUUUCCUGAUCUGGCACUCCAGGCCAGCAAAAAAGAUCCAGGUCCUUUCUCCAAGAUAUGCCCUCCUCGGAGGGGAAACAGGCCCUGUAUUUAAAGACUAAAAGAAACUACAUUUCCUCUUUUAAAAACUUGUAGCAGGCAUUUAGCCACACACUAAUCACUAAAGCAAACUGUAAAACAAGGGUUUCAGUAUCAGAAUUCUGCUGAUUGCUUGCGCUGCACUACUGACCAGUUGGCAUCUUUUGACCCAUGCCCCUCACAACUUAAACUGGGACGACUCCCUCUUGGCCCACUGUAGUUAUGUUUCUGCUCUCUACUUCCCUGACCACCAGAUCUGGGGCAAGUGGACUUGGCACCUGCUAGAGACAUUAAAAAAAAGCUGCAUUUAGAAUUUAUCAAUAUUCUGAACCUUGUAGUUUUUAGUAAGAAGCUGCAUUUGUCCAGUUCAUUUGCAAUAAGGAUUGUAAUUCUGUAAACCCAAGGUGAUAUUGAUAGUUGGGCUAUUUCUGUGCUUAAUUCUGACAAACUUGAUCUAAUUUUUCUCCACACCUGUGCAAAUCUGGUUUGUUGUACUGCUUACUUAACUCUGUUGCCAUACAGGAUAGCCUAAAAUAAUACUCUUAAAAUAAUUAUCAACCCAAUCUUAUCCAUGUUUGUUUUGGUUUGAAGCUGUAUUCCUUAUUCGUAAUUAAAAACCCUAAUUACCUUCAUGUUUUAGCAAUGGACUACUGUCCAGUAGAUAAGGGUAAGAAAUCUCCUUUAAAAAGUUCUUAACACCAUCCUAAGUGGAGCUGUCUUUCAGGGAUGUAGGCACUAUAGAAUAGGUUGUGCCGUUAACUUCAGUUGGGAUUUGAGUUAAGUACCUUCAGUGGGCAAAGUGUUCCCGCAUGACAGAAUAAGUGCCUGUCAAUUGACUCUGGUUUCCCUGUGACAUUGCUGUAAGAAACCCCAUCCUCCUAUUUUUGCCCAUCUUAUGCAUACAUCUCAAGUGUUUAGAUUUUUGUCCCUUAUUUUUGGUCAUUUUCUCAUAAAAUGUGGUUUUUUUUUGGUAAAUUAUUGAAGACAGAAUCAUGAAAUAAUGGCAGUUAUUUGAGUUUCAGACUUUAACAUCUUUCAGAAAAUUCAUGUUAACGCUACAUCUUUUAUUUUAACCAAUUUUUUUAAAUUUAUAAAAAAUAUUUAAAAUCUGUCCUUGGUUUUAGGCCUUUGUUCCCCCCGUCCCUCUAUUUUGACUUUGUCCCAAAUACUUUCUGUAAGAGGUUCAGCGAUAUGAUCUCCUUUGUGUUCAGCUUCACAUACAAGAAUCAUUGCUGUGAAAAACAGCAUUCUGUUUUUUAUGAACAGGAGAACAAUUCUGAUAUGUACUUACGCGGUAUGUUGCUGACAGGUUACAAAAUAGUUUUGAUGAUUCAUCUGCUUUAGUUUAUAAGAAGGAUUUUCAGAUCUCCUCAUUGUCAGAAGAUGUUUAAAAAAUGAUGGGCUACUAUUCUAGGUUAUUUUUUGUACUAUAGGAAAAGACGGCAGCAAGUCCUGGCUGUGUGUGGUAUAGAGCAUAGUCAUAACUAUGACUCGCCCAGCUCAGGUUUACUUAACACCUUGGGUGCUUGAAGAGCUGGGCUGGAAACUACUACGGGAAGGGGAUAUUGAUGGUCUGUUAUCUGGUUCAUUGCAUACAUAACAGCUGUAACUGGUGAUGGCAGCCCUCAUUAGCAUGUAGGUGGGAGCGUUUAAAUAGAGAAGGCAUCAACCACCAAAGGGUAAGGGUUAGGGCCUAAAAACAAAAUAGUCCUGAUGACUGCGUAAAAGACUGCCUCCGUGAUUAGCUUUUUACAGUACAGGAAUGGACGUGGGCUGAUUGAUCAAGGAAGGCUAAUGAUCAGCAGGCAGGGACAAAAAAUACAGAAAAAAAAAUGUUGACAAAGGCUACUUUGAAACCUGUACAGCUUUAGCCAGGUAUCUUACAGCACUAAAGAUGGUAAUACCCAUACUUUUCUUUGCCAAAAAGUAGAUUUUUUUUUUUGUAAUUAUAAUGCUUAUUGCCAUAUUCUGAUCUUCAAACUCCAGAGGACAUUUCUUAAAUUCUUCUUGGAGAAAUAGUAACUUUUUCAACCUGGAGAGCUUUAGAUCCGAAAUGGCUACUCCGAAUGCCUAGUACUAGCACUGAAUAUUCAUUUUUAUCCCUUUUUGGGUGGUUGUUUGCAGCAACUUUUAUUGGUCUAUUUAGCUUGGACUUGCAUUGAGUAAACGAAAUGUGUACCUGAAUCGCUAACAGCAGAAAGUACUUCAUGGGUGGUUUAUUGGAAACAACUUGGGAAAUUAUCUUAACAGGAGGCGUAACUCUGGUAUCCUUAUUUUGAUGGGUGAUGCUAUAAGGUAGGCUUUUACAGGUUCUUCCUUGACUGUUUUGGACUACUCAUCAACCAGCUGUUCUGUUGUACAAAGCGUUAGGCUUUACAUUCAACCAUUUCAUCGUCUGAGAAGUCUGUGGUCAUUUGGAAGAUUGUUUAGACCAAACAAUUCAGUUAAUUUCAAAUUUUGUCAACACAUUUUUCUAAUUGCUGUUACCUUAGAGGAACUCUAUAGUGCAUACAGAUACCUUAAGUCUUAAUGACAGUGGUCAGUUGAGGGGAAUUUUCUCCUUGUUUGGGUGAAGUACUACAUCUGUCUAAAUGAGAUUUCAUUUUGUUUGGUUUCAGACAUUUUCAUUGAAGAGUAUUCAGUCAACACCUGAGGGCCAAAGAGGCAGUUCAUUUUGCUUGAUUAUUUUAAAGGGAUGCAGACCCAUGCAUUAAAAGUGGAUGAAGUCUCUCUUCUUGAUAAAUAGUUCCCCAUUUUGCCUGAGAAUUCUUCUAGAUGUUGAGACCAAGUCCAUUCAAAGGACAUAUCUACUAUGACCUUAGCUAUUUAGUCCUAAAUAAAUUUUCUUUACGUACUAGCUGUCUGAGUGGAAAUGGACAACACAACAGUUAUUUUGUAUGUAAGCAAGCACAACGCACAGUCUUACCAAAUUUCUUGUUUUGCUGUGCACCAAUGAGUGUUAGUGCAGUCUCUGACAUUUACUAAGUGCAUCUUCUGGGAGAAGGCAUUACAUUAGCAGGCCAUCUAGUUGUGAUCAUUUUAAACAGUGAGUCUGGAUGUUUUCUGCUAUUUUUCUUCCAUAUGAAAGUUUUUAGAAAUUGAUUUCUGUACGGUACCUUGGGGAGACCAUCUUGUAGUGGUAUUUCUAGAGAAUGAGUGAAAGCUCAGUGUGGAUAUUUUCUGCUGCCUUGCUUCCAUGUGGAGAAUGUCAGAAAUGAAUUUCAGUACAUUCCAGUUCACCAUGUAGUCCUUGUAGGGGACUUAGUAUGCACGUUUCAUGUGAACUUCUGGUUCAUAUAGUUCUAGAAGCAAAUGAAGAAAUGCUGUCAUUGUAUCCUUACUGCCUUUUACUAACUAAGGCAGCUAUCAGUCAAGUUCAGUAGGACAGGUGUUAAUCCCACUUUUCACUUGCUUCAGCUCAGUUUUGAUGCACAUGUGGGUGAGAGUACUACAGAAUGCCAGAGAACUGAUCAUUCAGAGAUGUUAAUUGGCUUAUUGAAGACAUUUUUCUUCUGGCGCAGUGAUAGUCUAGUUUGUAUGCCUGUACAGCUUUAAAAUGUUCCUGGUUAUCUGCGUCUUACUUUUGAGGUAUGACUUGUUUUUCCAUUAAUCAACAUUGUGAUUUGAUGGCUUGUUUGGAAUGGGAGGCCACCUUCAUGUUCUGCAGUCAAGAUGAUUCUGAAAGGAAGUUUUCUUAUUUUGUCUUUGUAGAAGCUAUUGUUCACUUGAUACUUAAGCGCGGUUUUCAAAAUAAUGACAUUUUCAUUUUAAACCUCCUCUUUCUAUUGCCUGAAAAAUGUGUCCUUGAAGACUGAUUUGCUUCUGCCAUUUAUUUCAGCCUGGACGGUUUCUGGAUUGUAGUCUCUCGUGUGCUUAGCGGCAAAAGGUGGGGUGACCCUUGUUUACUGAAAAUCCGGAUGAACCCAGUUUGCAUCCUGUGGAUCUAAAAAUGGUUUCCUCCAUGCUUCACAUGAACUAUAGGUUAUUUGAAAGUUUGUUUGCCUGUCAUGCUUAUAUCAGUUUGGGCUUUUACUGUAGGGGAAGUCAACCAUUUUUAAUCUGGCUAAUGCCUUUACUGUAUUAUAUUUUUAGUUUGGUAGGCCUCUACAGGGACCCAUCAGAAGUUCCUCCACAAUUAGUAGUUUGCUUUUGAGUCAUGUCAGCAGCAGAUAUUUGUGGAACACUGUAGUCAAAAAUAGGAAAGACCUGUACAUGUAUGCUGUACAUGAAAACAUCUACCCAGUCUGAAUCUGAAACUGGGUCUUCUUCCUAGGAGUCAGGUGACCCAAAAGACAUUAUUUGUGAGACAGAGUAAUAAGACACACCCACUGCUGCAGCACCUUUCUGGAUGAUCUCUUUUUAGGCAAACAUUCACUGUUUCAGAUAAGCCACUGUUGGACACCAUUGGUGCCCCUUGGACCUCAGGGAGUUCCUACUGGAUGCCACAUUCCAGGGGGAGAUCUGUUUGGCACAGGACCAGGUUUAUCCCCUCCUAAAGAGGAAAUAGGCCCUCAGCACAGUAAGCCCUCCUUGCUUGUUGUAGCCCCCCAUGCUAGUCAAGGUACACAAGUUAGGGUGACUCUUCUGGCCCAGCACUAGAAACCCUGUUUAAGACUGCCUAUGUAGGACAGUUUUCCUUUUUACCAUUACUGGACGGGCUAUCAAAAAGGACCACUGGGGUUCUUUACAUGGCCAAGGCUGGAUGCAUCUUGGAGCUUUUAAGUCCUCUCUUAUGAUGAUUUCCACUUAGAGACUUAGCCAGCUCUGUAGAGCUCUUAGGAUAGGACGAGAUUUGUGCUCUUCAAAAUGGCAGUAGAGGCCCUUCCUCCUUUGGAGUGAAGGCAGUGCGCAUACUCCUACCUUUUCUUAGAUCCAAAGGGGGCAAAAAGAUUCUGCCCUGUAUUAGUUUCAUCCAACACAUUGGUGUUCUGGAGCUAUUUUUACAAAGGCCAAUACUGUUGCUGCAGCAGAGUACCUCUAGAGUCAUUUGAGGGUCAUUUUGUCAUUGGACGUUUUUAGACAUAUGGGGGUUGUACAAGAUAUUUGCUGAGUUUAUUCUUGAUGGACAUCGUUUUCCACAGAGUGCUCCUUGGCAUUCUUUUAUUCUAGAGCUUUUUUAAGGUACGUUACCUACUGGGACUUGUUUCCCCCUAUCUGAUUACUAGCUAUUGGUGACCCUGUUGAGUUGACUUGCCUGGUAGCUUCCCUUGAGUAUGUGUUCCCAUAGUUGCAAUCUAUGGAUUUCACUAUAAACUGAAAAUUCCUUUUUGUGCUGAUUUGAGAAGAUUGUCUUCAUCAACUCACAGCUGGAAAUUUUCAGUAGUCUGGUAUGUCUUUUAUUCAAGAGGACCCAGAAAGUCAUGGCCUAGGCAGCCUACGUGAAGGGUAUUUUAAAGGUUUAAGGCAGAAUUUCUAGUAUUUUCUGGAGUCGAUGGCUGUUGCAAUUUUUAUAGUGUCAUUUGCACACUGGGAUGAGAGGGUGUUGCAGUGGUCUAGGGUCAGUGCCCACAGAAUCAGCACAAGUUUAAGGUUUCACUGAAAAGUACUGCUGUUAGUGUUUGCCUAACUAAUGGUGUGGCAACUUAACACAGCUCUGUUCAGAGAUGUUUCUGUCCCAGACACUUGUGCUGCAACCAUUUGGUUAGUGUACAUAAUUCACACAGUGUUGCUUGGAUCCUCCUUCCCCAAGCUGGAUCACCUUUGUUACUUCAAGGCUGUGCUUCUAGCUCAUUGGCCUUGCUUGUGAAUGUUACCUCUCCUGGCAUUUUCACUACUAAGAAUUCUUCCCAGUGGUGAAACCCACCAAAGAGGUUGCCACUGAUCCUAGAUGUAACACACUGCUAUGGUUAGACUUGAAUCAUAACUGUCCUCCCCCAAAUGCCUGGAUUGCCGCUUCUUUCAGAGGCUUCUGUUGGAAUUCCCCAUAUGUAAGACACAGUAAAUUUCUGCAACAGCAUAGAUAUUUUAUAUUCAUUGUUUUUCAUGCUUAGCUGGAAGUGUUCUUAUUUGUUGUUUUGGGCAGAGUGGUGUGCACAGGUGUGAAUGCAGUCUAACUUGGUGCAGGAUGUGAUGGCACAACAUGUGCAGGGUGCAGGGUCCUCAGUCAAGGGGGUUUCUGAAAAGAACAGCCAUAUUGGAGGGAAAAGAAGAAUAAGUAGUUGAAGACCCACUGAGGAGGGUUCCGUCUUAGAUCGGGAGGGGUUGAUUAGUACUGGAGGAGUGGGGCGAAGGUUAGUAUGGCACACUUCAAUCUCUAGGGGGUGAGGUGAGUUUCCUUGGUGGAGACUGGGAAAACCACCUGGUUGGUGGGGGGAACUGGUUGAUAGAAUGUCCAUCAUUCCAUCCUGGACAAGCCCAUUCCAUGCUACCUUCCUGGUACAGCUAGGUGUGUGCUGAGAUGAGGUUGCAGAAUAAAGGGGGGGGGGCUUACCAUUGAUGGCUGCUUCAAUGAUUGCCUUGCACUGCCUCUUGUCCUUGGUGAAGUAGCAGUGAAUGAGUCAUUUGUUUGAAAGAAGUAAAGCUGAUGAUCAGUAGGAAGUAAAAUCCAAGGAGCAAGAACCCGUUAUGUAGGGCAUUUGAGCACAGUUGUAGUAGCCUUAGCUUAUAUGGAUUAUAUUCUGCUAAGGAUACAAAAGUCAGCCAGCUAAUAAAGCUUAAAGCAAACUUUCCACAUGCCAAAACCAUUAACCUAUUCAAGCAGAGCUGAAGAAAGUGUGGUUUGGGUACCAAGCCAGUUAGUUUUCCUGCUGCCAAAACACACUCCCUUUGUGGGCUUUUGAGGAUCAACAGUCAGUUAAAAUGUUUCCCAUUGCUGGGCUGGUAAGUUUCCUUUGAGUAAAUGGGGAUCCUUCCAAAUUUUAUUUUUGACAAAAUGAACUUUCUGUGAAAUUAAUUUUUAGCCAAUAGUAUUUUUGUAGACGGUCAUGUGACUUGGUUUUAACAGCUUUUUUCCCUUUAAAAAAAAAACUAGCUUAAAAAUAUUUUCCUUGGUCAACUUUUUUUUCUGUUUCACGGACUACUUGUUGCUAGGCUUCCUUGAGAUUCUUUUUCAACUUCGUGGAACAUCCAUUUGGUUCCUCUGGCCGUCCUCCAGUCUAGCCUCAAAAAGAAAAAAAUUCUGAGUAGCUUUUGCCACUUCAGCAGGCUUAUCAGUGCCUCAGCUGCAGAUGGGUGACUGCUGUGGCCAUUUCUGUCUCUUUAGGCCAUUCAUAUUAUUCCUGUCUCCCUCUGUGUGAUGAAAGAAGGGAAGCUGAUACAGCGAAUUCCACAGAUUUUUCAGCCUUCCUUCUCUAAGUCUGUCAAGGAGUUUAAUGUUACUUCUUCAACCUCUUAUAGAAAGUAAAAUAAGCAAACAUAAUAAGCUUGCUGGUAAGGAGAUUACAAAAAAAUAAAAUGGUAGGGAGGCUCCGAGAAAAAGGUGGAGCCACCCCCCCCCCCCCAUCCAUCUACCUUUCUACCCUGGCAAGAAUUGAAUUCUUCCCAAAAAUCUGAACGUACAUUUCUGUCUUUGGCAACAGGUUGUCAGACAGUUGGGUUUUGAGAAUGAUUCGUCAUGGAUGCAGGUGGCAGUGGGAGAGACUUCCUCCUUUUCAGGGGAUUCCUCCUCAUCUGCUCCAUCAAACAUUUAUUUUCCUUCCUGUCAUUCGGCAUCUGUUAACUCAGGCCAGUCUGUUCUUGAGAGCACAGUAAGCUUUUUGCUGGUCUGUUUGGUAAUAGUUAAUGCUUCGGUUAACAAGUUACCAUAAUCAUGACGUUAACGCCAACUUUUCCUACAUGACAGAGUCCAUUUAGGCGCUACUGUUAGCCAUCUACAAAUAGGAUUAGCACAUCACACAGCUGUAUCCUCUGGUAUAGUUAAUGUCAGUUUUAUAUUUGUGUGGAGCCCAUGCUUUUAUUUUCCCUUUCCAAUGAUCUGUUGUAGCCUAAUCUUCCUAAUGUGAAGUUUAUACUGAACUUAGUUUGAACUUAAACAUUUUUGUUUUUAAGUUAUACAUUGAUGUGAAGCCAAGUGCUACUGUUAAUGGGUUUUUGGAGGUUGUAGUGUAACGCACAGUAUUUUUGACCGUACUUAAACAUUUUUUGGAAAUGUUAAUGUUCAUGUAAGCAUUCCCGGUAACUAAAUUAAGUUUUUGUUAGGUUGUUAGCUGCACAAAUUAACUAGAGCUAAGCUUAAGUUGCUGGGCCAUUUCAGUUGAGAGUUCAUAGUAUGGAAAAGGGGCGAUGUUCAAAGUUUCUUUUAGGUUGCAUUUAUGUUCUGGUUGUGAUCUAAGAGGCAUUAACUACUCCUGUAACAAUCUGCUAGAUGUGAAAUGUCCUUGUGCUGUAGUUGGGCCUAAGUUGAGGAAUUAAGGAGUAAGUUGGAGAAGCUGCCUGCAUUGCAAGUUUUCCUACAAAAUUCCCGAAAGGACUACAGCAGUCUUUCAGUGUAAGAAGGAAAAUCUCUACACUGUAAAGUAAAGAAUUCGGCUGCAGUAUGAAGUAUUUUCAGUUUAUUUUAAAAAAAAAAUUAAGACAAAUGAAGCCCGAGGGUAGGGCAUUAGGUGUGCAUGUUAGCCAUGUGCUUAUUAAUCAGCUAGUAACAUUUACUAAGAACGGACUUUGACACUAAUAGCACUAGGGAAGGGACAGCUACUGGUGUUACUAGAAUUACAUUCUAGAAUUAAUGCAAAAUGUGCUGAAGUAUUGGAUUUGUUAUGCAAAUACAAGUUUACCCUGUACUUGUAUGUUUUCCAUCAGUGUGAGCUUUGGGUUUAGUUUCUGGGUACUUCAUAAGAAUUGUAAUAUGCCAUGCAGUGGUGGUAUUCCUACAAGGAGUUCCAGUUGUAGUAAAUGAAAUGCAUUUGUACAUAAAUGUGAAUUGUGUAUAUGUAUAUAUAAAAUAUGUAUAUAUAUAUAUGUAUGUAGUGCAGAGCUGGUAAUGCAUUAUAAAUGUUCUUGUAACAAAAAAGUAAUGUAUGUUUCGAGCUGUACAGCUUAAGGCUUGAAGGUUUCCAAUUUUGGAGAUUGGGAGUUGGGGGUCUCAGGAAAAAAAAUAACAUUGUGUGAAAAUAAUCGCAGAGCAUCCCAAAGUGAAGAUUAAAAGACUUCCUCUUCCCAGCAGUUUUGGUAUAGUUCUUAUAAGUUUCUGCACACAAUUGUUUUCUCUGUAAUUUUGUAUUUUUGUAAAUCUUGUGAAAAAUAAAGUAUUUUUUCUCUUGA